AUGGCGUACAACGCCGUCGCUCAGGUCGAUGAAGUGGCCUCCGAUUCCUCCCACUCCGACACCUCUCGCAACCCGUCCCCCGCCCAUGGUCAUGCCUUUCAGCGGCUGCCCCUGGAUCCCGACCAUCUCGGAGGCGACAUAGAGUCGGCCAAAACGACCGAAUCUCCUGGCUUGGGGGGCUCGAUGAUUCGCUCCAUGACGGCCUCCAGUUACGACGUGGUGGAGGACGAUGACUACGAUGUCGAUCCUUCCGCCGACGAUCGUGCGAACAGUCUCCGCCGCAUUCCUCUACUCAAUACCGCGGUCGCGCGACAUGAAUCCCCGCAACCACCCCUGCGCAGUGCCUCGAGUGACGUCCCCGUCCCCCUCAGCCACCCCAUUCCAGACCUGCAGUCGAUCCAAGGUGCCUAUACUGGAAAUGUAGAGAGGUUGGAGCAGAGUGCGGAGCGCCUGAGCUCCAGCUCGGCAGACAUUGGAAGCGAGAUUCGGCGAAUGAACCAGGAACAGAAGAGGCGCUCGUGCAGCUCAGCUUCCAAUUCGUUUCAUGUCCGAAAUGGUGCGUUCUCGCCGACGGGCACGAUCUCAUCUGCGCAUGGCUCGAUUCUGUCUGGCACACGUCAGCGUUCUGUGUCGGGAUCUCGUCUCGCCCAGCUCUCGGAGCCCGAUGAACAUGGUCACGUUCUGGAUCGAUUCUCCGACACGAUGCCCAUUUAUUUUGAUACCUAUGAUCCGCAUGUGAUCGCGGCGAUCGACCGGCCCUCCACGGCCGCGUCGACCGAUACGUACCAGCAAGCCCAGACGCUGUUCACCAACUUUGAUGGCGUCCACUUCACGCCUCUGGAGCGGGCUGAUUCCGGGCGCCAGGUCUCUCUAAGUCGACCGCCUCUGGCCAGCAAGCCAGAAUCAUACAAGGAGCCCCAGACGGGUGAGAGCAUGGUGUAUUAUCCCGCUCCGGUCCCGCGUAUGUUGAACCUGCCACCCAAACUGUCGCGCAAAGCGAACACAGGUCGAGACAAGCGCCGCACGCAGAUCCUGGAUCCGAGUCUGGCCGAAAAGAGAAACUCCGCGGCAUGGCCUGCUACAUCGGAUCAAGAACAGCCCGGCAGUAGCCAGAAUGACAAGCGUCAGUCUACGAUGCCACCACAACUUCGCGCAAGUGUUUUCUUUGAUCAGCCUACCGCGUCACUCGAUGUCGAAAUUAAGCACGAUUCAGCCGUUGAAACCCUUGAGAGUAUCCUGGAUGCUUCGGCUACUGCGCCUGUUUCGGCUUUUACUGAUCACCCCUACGCCGGGCACGUUGGUUCGUACGUGUAUACUAAGUCGAAGCGCAGAGUUCUUUCCAAGAAUCCUGCGGGACACAAGCCAGGCAAGAUAGGCCACGAUCGCACCGAUAGUGUGGAUAGCAGCGGAGAUUCGGUCCGUUCAAGUCAUGUAUUGCGGCAAGCUGAAGACGAUCCCAGCCCAGUUGACGAUGAUCACCAUGAGCGACACAGCGACAGCGGUUCCGAAAGCGAUGAAACUUCCGAGGAAGAGGAGAAUGAGGAACCAGAUUACGUGGGACCCCCGAAUACGCUCUUGGCGGAAUUGCAGUUGCGAAAGCAAGAGCUUAAGCAGCGGCGUCGCACCGCACUCCCUAUGCCAUCUCAGGCACAGGCAACGCAUGCUACCUUGCUGGAAUUGGAUGCAAUGGCUCAAAAGCAGAGCGAGAAACGGCGGCAACGGCCUGUUACACUGGCCUGGGAAGGCCGCGAUGCGGUGGAUGAUGAUGAUGAUAUCCCUCUGGCCAUGCUGUACCCUGACAAGACCAAUGCAGACGAUGAGGACCGGCCACUGGGACUGAUGGAGAAACGACAACAGGAAGAAAAUGAGCCAUUGAGCGCACGCCGGGCCAGACUCCGGGGCGAGCCACUUCCUCAGCCACAGAAGCGUCCCACGACUAUGCCUCCAACUCAUGUGCCUGAGCCAGUGGCUGAGAGCGGCGAUGAGAUUGAAACCCUGGCCGAGCGCCUGAAACGUCUCAGGGGACAGGACCCGGCAGAAAGCGAUUUCGCCCAUGACCUUAUGGCUGAAUUCGAUAGCCGGGCUGGUAUUGCCCCCAAAGGCAACGAAGAGGUCAAUGAAAAUGAGACUCUCGCUCAACGACGCAAUCGGCUUCAGAAGGAGGGCAAUACUCGGUGCGGAAACCCAAAGAAUCCGCGGGUGCGCAGAAGCAUGGCGGCCCUAUCGCAAGGACCUUCGACCCGUCUGGCUCGAAAAGCCUCGCACGAUGAUGUGCUACAACACCCUGCCAUGACUCCACCCUAUGGGAAUCGAAUGUCAAUGCAGCAAUUCCCGCCCAUGGGCCAAAUGGGAUACCCGAUGCCACAACCCUAUGGCUACGGAGGGGUGUACCCGACUGCUCCUCCCUAUAACAACCCGAUGAUGGCCAUGGGUGGCAUGGCAUAUGCCAUGCCCAAUAGUUGUUUGAACACAGCAAGACAACCUAUUCAACAGGGCCAACGGGACGUGAUCGACCGCUGGAGACAGAGCAUCCGCUAG